AUGGGCCUCUACGUACUCAUUGGCAUACCACUCUUGCUCAUGGUCGUCUACGGAUUUCUAUAUACUCUAGAAUCAAAAGCAACAUUUCCGAAGAAUGUCCCUAUCGUUGGCUACGCCCAACAUGGUCGCCCUUUCGUCGUCUACGACCCAAGUGCGCAGCAGGAGUUACUAUUGCCCGCACAAUACGUCAAGUGGUUUGCAGAGCAAUCAGACUCGAAGCUGAACAGUCUCGGUGUGCGACAGGAACGCCAUGCUGUACGCUACCUCCACUUGGGAGCCGACGUCGAGCUCGCCUCCACUACGCAAUUCAUUCGACUCAUUUCCAACGACUGUCUCAACCAGCACCUCGAAGCACUUAUGGGACCACUUCAAGAUGAGAUGCGGCGGUGUAUUGACGCCGCAUUCAUGAAUGCUUCGUCUCAAAAUGAGUGGUCCACCAUCAAUGUCUACAGCUGCAUACAAGACAUCGUUUUUCCUGCUAUGUGCCGUGUAUUCUUUGGACAGUCGGACAUGGAUCCUCGCCUGUUGAAAGCCCUCCAGAGAUACAUUACCGUUUUGGGUCUAAGUACCAUAUUCGUUGGCGAGCUUCCGCACAUGCUCAAGGGACUUCUCGCACGUCUUGUUCGGAUGCCAUUGGCAUAUUAUCGCAACCAGACGCUACGUAUCCUCAUACCCUUGGUUGAGUCCCAGUUGUCUCGGCGGGACGGCAGCGAUGAGUCCAGCUUUAUCAGACAAUGUGCGAGGCUGUCCGAAAAGAACGCUGUGGGCGGACGUGGCAAUGCAGUGGCACCUCAGGGAUUUGCAGGCUCAUCAUCAACCGUCAUCCAAGCCACUAACCUACUACUCGACAUAGCGAAUUGUCCGCCAGAAAUGCAAGUCCUGCAAGAGCUCCGCCACGAGGCCGAGAUAACUCUCCCUGACGAGGAACUCUGGCACAAAGUAGCGACUUUCCGGAAGCAGGUCCUGGCUGACAGUGUUAUAAGAGAGAGUCUACGCAUGCACCCUAUCCUGAUCAAAGGACUCACCCAGGAAGUUGUUUCCCCAGCUGGUCUGCAGCUUCCGGACGGCACAAACAUGCCUGUGGGCAGCUGGGUAGGUAUUCCAGUGCUCGGUAUACAUAAGGACGAGAAGUUCUAUCCCCAGGCCGAUCUUUACCAGCCUUUCCGCUACGUGAAGAAGCGAGAGGCAAUUCCAAGUAGAAUUAAUAGCGACGAUCACUCCCAAUCUGCUCCUGCCCGAGCUGAGGUGUGGGAUGAUGAGUCAGAGUCCACGAAACCCACUACUACAUAUCUUGGGUUCGGCUAUGGUCGACAUGCUUGUCCUGGGCGCUGGUUCGCUGUCGUGAUGCUCAAGAUGAUAACAUCCCACGUGAGCAUGAACUACGACAUCGAGUCUACUGGUCCCGUACCUCAGACCAUGGUACUUGGAGAUGCAGCCCUGCCACCGAUCUGGGCGACUAUUAGAGUUCGACGAAGAAUUACUUAG